CAGUUGUUCGUGCAGUAUGCUUCUUCAAAUCAAGUUGUCUUCGUAGGCACAUAUUAAUCCCGUAGAUUAUUUCUUUUGAGAAAAUUUCAAUAAUAAAUUAAAAAUUAGCAGGAAUCUUUAACGUCCGGUGCACAGAAGCAUAUCAAAGCGAAAAAUCGUUUGGCUGGCUUAGUAAACAUGAAAAAAAGUUAUACAACUACAGAAAUUAAUACAGAAAUUAAAGUGGAAGUUAAACUGGAGACUACAUCCAUUGUUAAAGUUGAGGCCCUUAAGCAUAAUAAAACUGAGAGUGUUAACACCAGUGAACAAUCGGUUGUUAUUCAAACGAUGAAUAUCGACGACGUGCCGAAAGGAGUAGAGAAAACUCGUGAAGAAAUUAAAGCUGAACGCGAAGCCAAAAAAUUGGCCAAACAAGCGAAAAAAGUAAAGUCCAAUGUGGGAAAACUUCAGGAAUCCAAAGAGCAUGUUGCUCCUAAGGAGGUCGAUUCACUGGCGAUUUCAAACGAUGUUUCAGGUAAAGAAAACAAUAUGGGAAAAAGUGUAGAGCGGAUUAAUGCCAAGAACGAAGGUAAAGAAAAGUUUAACCGAACAGAUGAGCUAACCAAACCUGUUGCCGAUGCGGUUGUUGAAGAUUUGGCAGGAGACAAAUUACACGGCAAUAAGGCAAUCAAGGCAACUUUAUUAGAGGAAAAGAAAAGAACUUCGUUAACAAAGGCUGAGAGAAGAGCGGUGCAAGAGGCUCAGAGGGCAGCGAAAUCUCAAGCUCAGAAUCAAAAAGAGAGUAAGAAUGUGCAGAGCAAAUCAACAAAGACUGCAAUAAAGACAUCAGUUAAAACUGUUGUCCAAGAGCAAAAAACAAAAGUGUCCACUCCAACCACUUCAGCCACGUCAUCUGUAAAUGUUGCCCCUUUCAAUGACGGCGUUGUAAGAUUAUUCAGGCAUUUGGAACGACCUAACACCAAUGUAAAUUUAUUCAUAAAUAACCCACUAAUUCACCCCAGUAUUGCGCGUCUGGGUGAACAAUACGCUAAGCGUAUAAUAGUCGGUUCAAAUGCUCGAUGUUUAGCUUUCAUGAAUGCCAUGAAAAUGGUCGUACAAGAUUUCGAGACACCUCCGAAGAAGGAGUUCAACCGCAGCUUAGAGGCAUUUAUGAAAAAUUGUGUUAAUCAUUUGCAACAAUGUCGUCCGUUGGCCGUUUCAGUGGCAAAUGCUUACAAAAACAUUAAACAGAUUUUAUUGCAAUUACCCACCGACCAACCAGAAUCCGAGCUCAAAGGUAAACUGGUCAAUUUUAUCGAUAUAUAUAUCGAAAAUCAGAUUUACAAAGCUGCUCAAGCUAUUAAUUCAAUGAUGCAAAAGAAAAUUAAUAACGGUGAUGUUAUACUCACCUUUGGGUGCUCCUCCUUAAUUAACUACAUAUGCGAAGAAGCUCAAGCUAGGAAGAUAGAUUUUCGUGUCAUUAUCGUGGACUCGCGUCCUUUUUGUGAAGGUCAGGAACUUUUAAGACGUCUUACAGCCAAGAACAUACCAUGCACUUAUGUUCUCAUUAAUGCCGUUAGCUUUGUGAUGCCAGAGGUUACCAAAGUUUUAUUAGGUGCGCAUGCUUUGUUAGCUAAUGGCUAUGUUAUGGCUCGUACUGGUACUUCUCAAGUCGCUUUGGUAGCGAGAUCUUUUAAUGUACCGGUGUUGGUGUGUUGUGAAACUCACAAAUUCAGUGAACGUUUUCAAACCGAUGCUAUCGUCUAUAAUGAGCUAGGAAAUCCUGAUGACAUAGUAGUCGACGAUAAGUGUUGUCUAACUAAAUGGCAAAUGAAAAAUAUAUCACCUCUUAAUUUAAAUUAUGAUAUAACACCGCCCGAAUUGGUCACUGCGGUAGUAACCGAAGUAUCAGUUUUACCAUGCACCAGUGUACCAGUUAUUUUACGUAUUAAACCCGAUUGGUUAAUGUACGCUACUUAAUGUUAUUGUAUAGAAUCUUGUGAAAGAAAGGAGAUGCAGUCCUCUGUUUGCAUAAAAUAAAAUUGAAUAUUUUAAUAAUAACUUAUUUACGUUAUAUUAGUAUAAGAAAUUAAAUAUGAAAUAUUUUUAGCGCAAAAAGUCUGCUAUCUGCGAUAAAUGAAAAUAAUGGGGAAAAGUGCUUUUAUUUUUAAGUUAUGCUCCCAUUAAAACAUUUCUGAAAAGCGACGAAUUUGAUAAUAUAAGUGAUUUGAGUAGACCAUUGAAAUCAUGCUGUCUGCUAAUAAUAACACAUGCUGCAAAAGGUUCCCAGUCUUGGCGACGAAUGCAAGACCUUCAAUUCUAUUACUUCUUGCUAGCAGCGAUCUGACGAAAAAGAUGAUUUUCAAUGUUGAAUACUGCACUGGACAGAAUCUAUUAAUACACAUAUAAAACGUGAGUCCACCAGUUGUAUUUAGCAAUAACAAUAGAUGACCAAUAUAGGGCAUAUUAGUACCAGUUCCUCGCACCGGACGGACAAUUAUCAAUUGUAACCUCCGUUUUUAUCUUAUUUGCUGCACUCUACUCACUUUUGGCACAAGAGUGUAUUAAGCUUAUGCGGAUUUUUGCAAUAACCAGAAGGACUCAACUAUUGUUAUACACUUUCUGAAUUGGUCCAUCUUCUACUCUUGGGUACAGCCGCCAGAUUGCAAUUUUUAAGAUAUUUCGAUUAAAUUUGCUUCACCAACGUCUUUUAGACGGAAGGCGAGCACUGUUAAAAAAAGAAAAUAGUUCGGAUCGGAUAUCAAGCCUCAUCGUUACAUGAAUAACUAUGAAAUGGUAUUUAAGGACGAGCCGUUUCCCGCGAUAGUGUUUUUAUUUAUUUUAUAAUGUGUAUGCCUGUAUUUCUCCAACUAUUCUGCUCCAAAAGUUGAAUUAAAAACCAGAAUUGUGUUCAUCUAUCGUUUUGUAUAAAAAUGUUAACCUCCUAUAGAUUUAUUUAUAUAAAUAAAUAGAAUAAUGAAUUUUUCUUGGCUACGAUUAAACAUGUACGUAUAUUUUAUUUAUUUAUUCUUAAAUUCUAGAUACAUUAAGUUAUGCUUUCUUAUUCCCUCAAGUAUAUAUAUGCUUUGAUAAAAGUUUGUUUGAUAAUGUGGUUAAUGAAUAAAUUAAAAUUCUUGCCAGUGUUUUGCUUUAAGAGAGACAAACUUGAUGUACUGAUGAUAUAUAUUUUCACUGUAUAUAUAUAUAUAUGCAUACUGAUCAAGUAUAGGUUUUUACAAUAAUUUG